CUGAGAGUUGGUAACACUGAUUUUUAGGUUAGGGAUUCUCAAGAAAUAAUUGUUUCGUUAAAACUAUGAUUUUAUAAAAUAGUGGCAGAUAAUAUUAAAUGAAACAAAUCUUUUUCAAUUCAGCCUUUAUUUUAUGAAUGUCAAACAAUGACAUCCUUACUUAUCAACGCUCUUAAAAGAAUUCACAUAACUUUGCCAUCACAAAUUGGAUCGAGUUAUUUUGCGACAUCAGCCACAAAUUCGAAUUCUUUAAGUAUUAUAAAGAAAGAAUGGAAAUAUCCUCCUCAGUAUACCAAGCCGCGAGAAGUAUGGAUUGAAAAUUUAGAUUCUGUAGAAGAAAAGAAACUGGGACUGUUUGAACUGCAUCCAAUGGUAUAUGCAGCAACACCGCGAAUCGAUAUAAUUCACCGCAAUGUAAUAUGGCAAAGAAAAUAUAGAUGGGUAUCGUGGGCCCACACUAAAACUCGUGCCGAAGUAAGAGGAGGUGGUAAAAAACCGUGGCCUCAGAAGGGAUUAGGUCGAGCUCGACAUGGGUCUAUCAGGUCACCACUGUUUCGUGGUGGUGGUGUCGUUCACGGGCCGCGAUCGGGAAAAACUCACUUUUUCAUGCUUCCAUUUUUUGUCCGUAUACAAGGACUGACCUCUACCUUAUCUGCUAAAUUAGCACAAGAUGACUUACAUGUUGUUAAAGAUUUAGAGCUACCAACAGAUGAACCAAACUUCCUUAGUGAAUUAAUUGAAUCAAGGAAUUGGGGUCCUUCUGUACUCAUUGUUGAUGAUACUGAUUACGCUCCCAGAAAUAUUACAGUUGCAACAGAUACCCUGCCCAAUGUGAACAUAAUGCCUGUAUACGGCCUCAAUGUAUAUUCAAUGUUAAAACAUGAUACACUGAUAUUAACACAAGCAGCGGCAGAGAAGAUUGAAGAAAGAAUACUUCACCAUCUACAUUCUGACAGUAGACAAACUGCAUUCAAAUUGGAUCAGGUUUAAGCAGUAAAUAAAUAUAAUAGUAUUAGUGGC